AUGAACAGCGCAUACUAAACUCACACAUGUGCGUCUCUGGCCAUUGACGAGGAACGUGUAUUGUAGCUGUCGAGGUCACGUGACUGAAACGAGGAAACUCUGAGGACACCUUGAGCUCACCUGCCACAUUUCUUUCCUCUUCUCUCUCUCUUCAGGUCCAUCUGUGUUUCUCUCUUUUCCUCUGUGCUACACGCUGAAGAACAGGAUCCUACACGCAGAUCUCAUCAGGUGCUUGUCCCACUGAGAGACUCUUCAGGGCCCUGAAGCUGCCUACUAAAUACGCCACCAAUCGUCACUGGAGUACCACUACCUAGACAGGAGUAAGGAGUGACCCCUUCCCUUCUGGUUCAGAUGGCAGACGGUCGGCAGCCUGAGGACAGCAGCCCCCAGUGGUCAUCUCCGGGAGCCCAGGGCUCAUCCUCCCCAGGUGGGCAUGGAGAGAACGGCUUCUCUUCUACCUACAGGACUUGCCAGCCUGGCGGUGCCCAUGCUGGUUCUGCCGCCUCCUACGCCAAAGAGAACGGCUUCAACGGAGACCUCACCUCUGGACACGCUGUGACUGCUGAACAAGUAUCAGCCCGGAUCGUGCAGGAGGUUACGGCCGAAGCGGUAGCGGUACUGAAGGGAGAGCAGGAGCUGCAUCCGGACACUGCCGUCAGGCUGCCAUCAGUGGAGGACUCUGCAAACCUGCCGCCCUCACCUCCUCCGUCCCCAGCAGCAGAGCAUUUUGGGCCUUUGGAUCAAGAUGUAGGGGAUGAGGAGGAAGCAGGUCCUCUCCGCCGCUUCCAAAAUUCUCGCGAGAGGUGCAAGUUCCUCGCCCCCUCCAUCUCAGUGUCUGUGCCUGAGGAUGACCCCUACCACUCUGACGAGGAAUACUAUGAGCACCCUUUAUUCAGCCCAGAGUGGACGCGCUCUGGCUCUCGCCCCCCAGGGCAGGCCGCCGCGUUUAGACAGAUCGAAGAAGAGGAGACCAUAGAGAGUCUCUCAGCUGCAGAGGAGGAAGAGGAGGAGACUUCAGAAGCCGCAGCAACAGCAGCAGCUCUAGAGGAAGAGGAGGAGGAGGAGCAGUGGAGUGGGGAGGAGCCUGAGCAGGAACCCCCAUCUGAGCUCCUAGAGCGGGCAGAGGUCAUAGGCGAGGCUCAGGCUCUGCCCGGCCCGCAGGCUGAGGUUCACACACAGGCAGCUACUGCUGCCGACGAGGCCCCUAAUGGGAGAGCUGAGGAGGCAGGGGGGCAAGAAAGCCCUGCAGAAGCUGUGAAGAUGGAACCAGAGCGACCAGACAGUGAGAGGACAGAUCCCAUUGGCAUGGACUUCACUGAAUCUGCAAUGCAUCUAGAUGAUGAACUCCCAUCUUACCAGAGCCUUGCCAGAGACACAGAUAUGCCAGAAAGCCCCUUUGCUCGAACAUGCCCCAUGGAGGAUUUUGAAGUGCCUCCAAGUGACCAGGGUCAUGCCAAAGAACCUUGCGAGGCUCCAACUGAAAAGCCUGAUGUACAAAGUGUUGCUGUGAAACAGCCUUCAACCGAAACGUGUGACUCCAGCAAUAUCCAUGAGGUCAAACCAGGGCAAAUUGAAGACAAACAAAUGGAAAUAACAACAGAGGGGGACAUGAAGGACAAAUCUGGGAUGUCUGCAUAUUUUGAGACCACUACAAUUAAGACAGAUGCCUCCGGGUCUCAAGGAGAAGGGUAUUAUGAGCUGAGUACUAAAUCAGAAGAACAGAAGGACUCUGUUGGUGACCUACCACUUCCUGAAAUCAGUUACAGCACCUUGGCCCAAACACACUCUUUGGAAGUCCAACCAGAUCUUCCGAAAAGUAGCUCAGACACACUACACACCACUUUACCUGUGGACAGAAGAGAUGACUGCAGACUGUCUCCUGGAAAACUGGCACUAGAGCAAAGAAGUUACUCUUUAAAUAUCACCAUUGGGGCAAUGGAUCAUGGCGAUGCCCAAGGACGUCCAAGAAACUUCUCUCCGUUAGCCACUGACAUCAUAUCUCAUACUAGUGGGAGCCUUGACGAAUCUGCUGAUUACCUUCCUGUCACCACUCCCUCAGUAGAGAAGCUCCCUCAGUUUCCACCACUGAUCCUGGAGACAUCUGCCUCUGCCACAACUCCAUCAUCCUCACCUCCCCAGGCAACAGCCACUGAUGUAAAGACAAGUCCACAGUCAGAGUCUCCAGAAUCCCCUGUCCAAGCUAAAAGCUGUUAUAAGAACGGCACCGUCAUGGCCCCAGACUUGCCUGAAAUGCUGGACUUGGCAGGUACUCGAUCAAGGUUGACAUCUGACAACACAGACCCAGAGAUUAUGAGAAGGAAGUCCGUCCCAAUGGACAUGUCUUCUCUAGUAAGUGAUUCUUUAGCACAUUUGUUCAAAGGUGACCAGGGCCAGAUGGCUACAAAGAGAGAAAUGCAGUUGGAGGAGCAAGGAUAUUGUGUCUUUAGUGAAUACUCUGGUCCCAUGCCGUCACCUGCGGAUGUGCACAGUCCAAUGGACUCAUCUCCUCAAAUCUUCAACACUGUGAUAUCAGAGGAGAAGGAAACUGGUCUUGUUGCAUUUGGACAACAGGAAUGUCCGUCGACUGAUGAUCUGAAACCAACAGAGGUUGUUACACCACAGGCAAAACCAGAUGAAGAAAAGCCGAAGAAUGAAGAUUCCUUUGAAACUGAAAGUACACCUUCUGAAAAACCUCCUGUAGAGACUAAGCAAGAAGAGUCUGAUCUUUUGAAGAAUGAACAUUUGGAAGAAAAUAAGAGUCCAACUUUACCUGAUAAUGACAAAGGACAGUUAGAAAAACAAGCUGAAACCUUUAUCACGCCGAUGGUGACGGUUACUCUUGAGGAAGCAAAGCCUGAUCUUGAUGCAGGUUCCAAACUUGCAGCUGAAACCGAAGCUGAGAUAGCUGACUAUGAGAGGCAAAUUCGUAAAUUGGAGAUGGAGGACCGACCUUUGAGUGUAGAGGAGGAACGAGAGCUCCAGGAACUCAGGGAGAAGGUGAAGAAUAAACCAGACCUUGUGCAUCAGGAAGCUUAUGAAGAGGUAGAUGCCGAGGAUGUGUACCAGCUCACUGGAGCUGCAAAGGACAGAAUUGCUCGGCCCAUCAGACCAUCCCCAGCAUCUUCUGUAGAAAGUGCUACCGAUGAGGAGAAAAUGCAUGUUAGUGACACUGAAAAACCUAGAUCACCAGGUGAGAAAGAAGCUCUUAAAACAGAUCCCAAUAGAUUAUCUCCUGUUGGGUCUUUUGAGAAAUAUUUUAGAGAGGAGAGACCUUCUGAGCAGGAGGUAAAGCAGAAAGACUCAGUGCAGCCUCUCAAAGAGAAAGUUGCUGAGGAGAAACCUCAGCUAGCUCCUUCUAAGACAGACGAGACUCCUCUUGACACCACAGUGACUCAAGAAGUAGAGGAAGAGGUGGAGCUUGCUGAGGAGCCUGAUGAGGUCAUGCCAGAACCAAAACCAGCUCUUAAAGUGGAAGAGAAGCCAGUGGUAGAUAUAACUGAACCAGAUAAGGUUGUGGUCGAAAAAGAGGAGGAAAAAGUGGUAGAGAAAGAAGAAGUGGAAGCCGAGGAAGUCUUGGAAGGGGCCAUAGCUGCAGAAGACACUGUUGAGCCUAGAGCUGCCAUUGAGUCAGUAGUGACAGUGGAAGAUGACUUUAUUACGGUAGUGCAGACCAUUGAUGAGAGUGAAGUCUCUGUUCACAGUGUACGCUUCUCAGCUCCCCCUGAGGAGGAACAUCCACAGCUCCUCCAAGAGGAGGAAGAGGAGGAGGAGUCCGUGGAAAUGGCACAGGAAGUAGAGAUGGAGGCUCCUAGUUUGGAGGAAGCCGUAGAUGUCCCAGAGCCUGUUGAGCCUCCUGUAUGCCCAGCUAAAGAGAUAGAAGUACCAGAGAGUGAGGCCCCAACCCAAAGCUAUGAUGACUACAAAGAUGAAACUACCAUUGAUGACUCCAUCUUAGACAGCUCCUGGGUGGAUACUCAAGAUGAUGAUAAGAGCAUGGCCACAGAGAAAAUUGAGCCUCUACCCAGAGUGAUGAGCCCUGUCAAGAAACCACCCACGGAGAAACCAGCGAAACAGAGGGCUAAAGGCGGCAGGACCAAAGGACGAAUCACCACCCCUGAACGCAAACCUGUUCGCAAAGAGCUGGUACCCACCCAGAAGGAUGAGAUGAAGAAGAAAAAAGCUGUGAUUAAGAAGGCUGAGCUCACAAAAAAAUCUGAUAUUCAGACGUGCUCUCCUUCCCGGAAGAGUGUUUUAAAGGCAACCGUAAGGCACCCUAGACCUACCCAACAUCACACGUGUGUUAAGCGGAAACCCACAGUGUCUGCAGAUGGUCGACUGCCCUUCAGUGUGGCCAGGCACUCCAGAGACAGAGCAUCUACCUCCAAUCCCACAACACUAACAAAGAUCCCCACUUCUAAAAUUCGGGCAGAGGCUUUGCUGCCAGCCCGGCCGAACUCGGCCAGCUCCUCCAAUAAAAGGAGCCCGUUGGUGGAGGCAGAUCUUUAUGAGCCCCGCCCUUCCUCAGCGGGCCCACAAGUAUUGCUAAAUUCAUAUGCUGUAAAGGAUGGUGGUUCUCGGAGCCCAGAGAAGAGGUCGUCCCUUCCACGGCCAGCAUCCAUACUAACUCGCCGCCCACACAUGGCUGAUCAUGAGGACAGCUCCACUUCCAUUACCAGCUCUGGGUCCACAGCACCGCGCAGGCCCACAUCGUUCCGUACUGAAGCCAAAGCAGAGCACAGGACAGGCAGGUCUCAUAGUAUGACAGGCGUAGAGACUGCUCGGUCCCGUUCGGCCCGCAGUGGCACCUCCACACCCCGCACACCUGGGUCCACAGCCAUCACCCCUGGAACCCCUCCCAGCUACUCAUGCCGUACUCCGGGCACCCCCCACACUCCGGGCACCCCCAAAUCUCUCAGCCUGCUGUCCCAGGAAAAGAAAGUGGCCAUCAUCCGAACACCUCCAAAAUCCCCGGCGACUACACCCAAACAGCUGCGCGUCAUUAAUCAGCCACUGCCUGACCUCAAGAACAUCAAAUCCAAGAUCGGGUCUAUUGACAACAUCAAAUACCAGCCCAAGGGGGGCCAGAUUCAAAUUUUAAACAAGAAGCUGGACUUCAGUCACAUAGAGUCAAAGUGCGGAUCCAAGGAUAAUCUGAAGCAUUCGCCCCAAGGAGGCAAUGUAUGUACUGCUCCCUCUCUCCCUAUGUCUGUCUCUCUUUCUUUUCCGGAGCCAGUAGACCUCCACGGUUUUUGGACCUUAGAAAUGUUCCGGACACAUUUCUGCUGCAUUGGAUGCUCAAUGCUACAGAUAGGACAAAAUGCCUACCAUGGCAGAAUCAAACAUAAUAUAGACGCAGACUGUCUUUAAUGGACACACACAUCAGAUAUGUACAUGUAUAUGGGCUGAUACACAAAACUGAAGUCCCUUUUUGUUGUUCAUCAUGUGAAAAUAUAUACACGCCAUAUGUAUAUAUUUGUAGACUGUAAUGCAGGUGUUUGAUAUUGACCUAUCAACACUUGUGUGUCAACUGUAUGGAAGUCAUAUUAAAAUAAGGCAACACAUCAUCAACCCUUCUUUUCAAUAUACCUCUGUUUGAGAAAUAUUAUGUUCAUUUAUUAAUUUAAUUGAUAUAUUUACCAUUUUGCUCAACAGACUGUAUCACGGAGUAGUUUUCUUUAGGUUUCAAGGUCUCCUGUAUUUGACUUACUUUCUGGGUUUUGUUCCAAAACCUAGUGAGCUGCCUUGCUGUCUGCUGCCAACAUAGACAGCAUCCUAACUAAAAUGGAACCUAAUAAUUGUAUGUCUGUUAUGUAGACUAAAAUUUAACAGUUUGGGGUUGGUAAGAUUAUUUGGUUACACUUUAUUUCGAUAGUCCACUUUAGACAUUCUACUAACUAUAAGUAACUUUGUAACUACAUGUCAACUAAUUCUCAUUAAUUUGCAACUACAUGUCUACUAACUCUCAGAGUAGACUGUUAGGGUAGGUUUAGGUUAGUAGAAUAAGUUGACAUAUACUUGCAAAAUUUCUCAUAAGUCAGUAUGUUGUAUGUUGUGGACCCAUCAAAAUAAAGUGUUAGAAGUUAUUAAGCAGACAGUCUACUAAUACUCUAAUGACUGCUAGUUGACAUGUAGUUGCAAAGUUACUUAAUGUUAAUAGAAUGUCUAAAGUGGACUAUCGAAAUAAAGUGUUACCGAUUAUUUAAUAUUUUGAAAGAAGUAAGGCUGCAUUUAUUUAAUCACAAAAUGCAGUAAAAAGGGUAAUAUUGUGAAAUGUUAUUACAAUUUAAAAUAGCUGUUCUCCAUUUAAAUAUAUUUGAAAAUGUAAUUUAUUCCUGUGAUGGAAAAGCUGAAUUUUCAGCAGCCAUUACUCCAGGCUUCAGUGUCGUAAUAUUCGGUUUUGAAUUAGUAAUUUCAGUAAUAAUUUUCGACAUUGAAUAAUAUUAAUAAUUGUCAUUUCUCUCAAUUUGUCUGCCAUCCAGAUUUCUUUUCUCUACUAAACAUGUUGCAGUGCAUUAAUGGGAUUGCUUUCGCUGCAAAGGAUAAAUACAAUGCUGCCUCAUAAUUUGUCCAAGGCAGCAGUAUAAUUAUGCCUAAAAAAUCCCAAAGGGCUGUGAUGUUACGUAGUCAGCUCACUAGGUUUUGAGACAGAGUUGUUGUCUCUCAGUUGUUUCUGAUUGUGCAUAUUGCCAACAGAAAUGUCUUGACCGGUGUUUUCUAAAUGUCAGAGCUGGUAUGUGCUGAGUCAUGUCUGUACUUCAGUCAGAUUUGCUUUUUCUUCCCCUUGCAGCAGCAGUCAGUCACUGUGAGUGACUAUUACAACAAAGCUAUAAUGAGGACACUGUGUAGAGCAGGUUGCUAGCAACGCCAAGGUCAUGGGUUUGGUUUCCAGAAAACAUUACUUAUGCUGUCUGUUUAGUUUAGGUUAAGUGGCCUAGAUUACUUUUAUGCAACAGAAAUGAAGGACUCCUAUCCUAUCAAGGUCCUGAGUAAGAAAAAUUAUUUAAUAUUCUGAAAUAACUGAAAUUUGACUUUGUUUUUGUCUAAAUACACCGGAAUCUACCCACUGCAAUGUUAACUUUACCAUGAAUUUCUAAACAGCUGAAUGUCUGUCAUUUGAUUCAGUGAUCUGAUGCUGUAUUUGUGCUAUUCAUUGCAGUUGUUGGUUUUCUUAAUGUUGUGGCAUCUUCAGCAUAUGGAUCAGUUCUGCUUGAUUUGCAGCUCAGCUAACCAUUUUCAUGUGUUUCGCUGUGGAGUAGUUCGCGUGUGACUUUUUAACUCUUUAAGUCAUCAAUUAUUGCUCAGUACUUUUUAGGCAAAGCGUUUUUUUUUCUUUUCUUUUUCUUUUUUAUUGCAGCAUCAUAUGUGAAGAAGAACUGGCCAACUCCUUGUGUUUAAUAUCCAGUCUGUUUUAUAUUUUGUUCUCAACUUAUGCUGUU